UAAUUGUUAUUCAAAGGUGAAAGUAGAAGUGCACGUCUCACCCGUUUGAUUGUGUGAAACUUGCUGGCUUGUUUCCAAGGGCCAUAGUACCAUGGAUCCUUGUAUUAUACAUGUGUGUUCCGACAAAUAGGCCUAAACGACGAAUUAUCGCUCAUGUGCUAGUUUGCGUUUGUGGAGGCCUAACAUUGGGUCGACGAUACGUCCUGUCAGUGUCAUUUGAUGUGUUUAUACGAUGGGGAAACCGUGUGAUUUGUGUAGAAAAGACAUUAUCGACAAUAAAUCCUACAGAAAGACUGGUCCUUUUCUCGACACUUUGAAAUCCAUUGGUGUUACUAUAGGUGUGUAUGGUGUGCUGUGUAAUAUAUGUGUGUAUAAACUUAAUAAAAUUAACAAAUAUGAAUUUGAUAUUGCAUCGAAACUGUCUCGUAUGAAAACUGAGAGGGAAAAACUUUGUACAGAGUUGAGAAGUUUAGCAGGAACGUUCAGCACACCAUUGAAUUCAAAUCCAUUCACACCCUGUAUGCCUGAAAGGACCCUAGCAGGUCUGGAAAGUGUUGUUAAAUGUGAACCACAAGAGAGACCUCCGCCUGCAGGUCUGAUACUAUUUACAAACUUCAUCUCAACAUCACUGGACAAGUCGACACAAACAAAGAAAGACGAAGAAGAUUUUGAAGUAAAGGUUAUUGUAAAGUAUAAUGGUAUUGAGAGAUCGCGUGUGGUAAAGAACAGUGUGUGGAAAUCUGUGUGUAAACAAAUCGUAAACAACGGAAAACCAAAUAUGAAGACAAUUGCCAAAGAUGUAAGGUGUAAAAGAGAAAUGAUCAAUGUUGUAAAAUCCAAAAUAAAAACUGAAGUCAUGAAUCUUGUAAAGAAAAAUAACUCUGUAUUCAGAGGUGAAAAUAAAGAUAUUUUGAACUUCAACUGGAGCCAGAGAGUGGCGGAUUUACAACAUGUUGCACCCUGUUUAUUUGACAUUUUGACAUCAGUUUCUGUCAAAACUCAACAUAUGUAUACAGCUGCCUCGAUUCUAAUGUAUAGCAGAUGUCAGAGACUUAACUUGCUGCAGUACAUUCUCGCACUCGUUCUCGAUAGAUGUGGACUAACUAAAGAGGGAUUACAGUUGAUGCACCACCUGGGACUGUCGAUGUCGCACGGCAGCAUUUUGAGGAAGAAGACAGAUCUUGUUGAUUAUCAGAAGGAAAUAAUAAUUAAAUCUGUGACUUCCUUUGAUAGAGAAAAGAGCUUACCACCAUCUUAUCAACAGAACAUAAUAAUUGAGGAUGAGGAAACUGACUUAGCUGUCCAACAGGACGCAAUGAUUGAGGAUGAAGAGACAGACUCAGUUGUCUAUCAGGGCACGUUGAUUAAGGAUGAAGAGGCUGACUUAGCUGUCCAACAGGACGCAAUGAUUGAGGAUGAAGAGACAGACUCAGUUGUCCAUCAGGACACGUUGAUUGAGGAUGAAGAGACAGACUCAGUUGUCCAACAGGAAGAGCCAGUAUCGUCUGAUUCAAAUGACUCAUACAUGAGACCUAUUGGUGCUACAGUUUACAUUGAAAAGUGUGAAUGAAAUGUGUCAAUAUUAUGUACAAUACAUAAAACAUGCAAAAGUUCACUGUUUGUUUAAGCUAUGAGGUCAAAGUUUAGUAUAAGCCCACUUUCCCUUCUGUCAGGUGAGCUAUAGCUAGUCACAAAAUAAGCAAUACAAAGACAUCUUUAUUAAAAUAACAUUAAAAAACUUUCACACCAUUUGUGUAAAAUAUUAAAGUAUAUUACUUCAACAAUUUGAUACGUUCUGUUAUUUACAACAGUAAUUUAAAUCAACACGUUAGCUUUUCAUAGACAUAGACAAAACUUACAAAAGAUCUGUGGAAUACACAUACAUUGUACAUAUAUGUACUCAUUACCCUUAAACUUGGGGGAAGUAGAUGUUUUAUUGAUAAAUUGUCGUUACCAAAUUAAUCUUAUCUGUCUUGGCAUAACUCUGAUUGAUCCAGUAAUAUACUGUCAUAUAUUGCAUAUAUAUAAAAAAAAUUACGAAUAUCGAUAAAGCAAGUUGAAAACAUUUAUUUGCCUUGUGGAUCCAGGCCUGAAAAGUAGUACUUCAUUUAUGUGUAAAUGUAGAAUUGGUUAGAUUGAAAUACCAUUGUAGUAGUGUUUAGUUAUAUAUAUAAAUUACCAUUUGUGAAAUCCGAACAUAAUAAUUCCAAUAAUCAUUGCAUCAGAUACAAGUCUAUGGUAAAAUACCUGUUUGCAUAUUAUCUUAUUCUGUUAUAUGUAUUUAUUAUCUAAUUCUUUUAUAUGUAUUUUCAAUUUGAAAUGGUCAUCAUUUUUAUCAUCAUUAAAGAUUUAUUUUGACUACUAUUAUUUCAUUUUCAUGGUGCCAGAAUGAUGUAAAUGAAGACAAGUAAAUGACUACAUUUGUAUGCUUUGCCUUUAGUGACAUCUACACUGUAUAAUUGAUGCAAUGUUAAUUCACUAAAUAAACAGUCCAAAUCAAAACGUA